AUGUCUAGAGAGAAAGAGGUCGACAUUGUCGAAUCAGCUCAGAACGAUGCAAAUCUGUCUAGCAAGUUGAGCGGUAAAUAUACCGACUCUGACGAGGAGCGCCAGAAAGAAGUCACCUUGAGGGAAGAUGAUAUCGAAGAGAGCCCAGCUAGACAAAGGUUAGAUGAAGAUGCUGAGGUGAUCAAAGACCGUGGUGUUUACCGUGUGGAAUCGCUUAAGAAGGUCUUGUAUAGCCACGAGAAGGGUCUCCAAAUGAGAGUCGCUUUGGGUGUUUCUAUUCUUCUCUGUGCCUGGGCAAGUUCUUUGGACUCAUCGGUAACGAACAGUUUGAAGCCAUGGGCCACUUCAGCUUUUAACCAGCACUCCAUGGGUCUUGGUACUCUUGCUAUUGCUGUGCAAAUUAUUGGAUCUAUUGCAAAGCCAGUGUGGGCCAGAAUAGCCAACAUUGUGUCUCGUCCAGCUACAUACAUGGUGUCUGUGAUCUUCUACUCCCUUGGAUAUGUGAUUGUUGCUUCCAGUAACACAAUUUCAGCAUACAUUGUCGGUUCAGCUUUGGCAUCUGCGGGAAGUGCUGGUAUUACCUUCUUGAAUAGAGUCAUUGUGGCAGAUAUGACUUCUUUGAAGUGGAGAGCUCUUGCAACUUCGUCCUUGAGUACGCCUUAUAUUAUCAAUACCUGGUACGCCGGGUACAUUGUGCUGGACUUGGGACCCACAAACUGGAGAUGGGGCUAUGGUAUGUUCUGUAUAAUCAUGCCAGUGGUUCUUUCUCCUGCCACCGUUAUCAUGACUGUGUUUGAAAGCAAGGCUCACAAGUACCUUGAUAACGACCAGUCUACAGAGUAUAAGGAAGAGAUGGGGUUCCAGAAGAACUGGAAGAAACUCAUUUGGAGAGUUAUCAUUGAGGUUGAUGCACUCGGUUUGAUUCUUUUAGGUUUCGCUUUCUCGUUACUUUUGCUACCCUUUUCACUUUACAAGAACGCUGAUGAUCAAUGGAGAAACCCUAGUUUGAUCGCCAUGUUCGUGGUUGGCGGUGUCCUUUUGGCAGCCUUCUUUGCCUAUGAGUUUAUGCUUGCUCCAUUCCCAAUUCUUCCAAGAAGAUCCUUGAACAGAACACUUGUGGCAUCGAUUGUGAUUGAUUUCUUCUACCAGCUUGCAGGUAUGGUGCCUGCUAUCUACUUUUCGUCCUUUGCUUGGAUUGUAAAAGACUGGAACAACAGAGACUGGACGUACUUCAACAAUACGAAAACCUUAACGCUUUGUGUUUUUGGCUUGGUCGCUGGUGUUUGUAUGAGAUUGAGUCACAGAUACAAGAUCUGGCAGUUCUUUGGUGUUACAUUGGCUAUAGUUGGAUCAGGAAUCAUGAUUGACGGCAGAACAGCCAGUGAUAACACACUCAGAAUGGUUUGGUCCCAUAUUCUUUCUGGUAUAGCUGGAGGUUUCAACGUUAAUGCUUCCAAUGUUGCCUUGCAAGCCUCAGUGCCCCACAGAGAUAUGGCAGUCUCCAUGUCGAUCUUGUCGUUAUCUUCUUCAAUUGGUUCAUCUGUCGGUUCUGCCAUUUCCUCUGCUAUAUGGCAAGGUAAGAUGGAAGCUGCCUUGAGGAAACACAUGCCUGAUAGUGUUACUGAUAAACAAGUGAAGGCCUUCUUUUCUAAUAUCAGUACCCUUCGGAAGUACGAGUUUGAUAGUGACAUCAGACAGGCCGGUAUCAGGGCUUACAGAGAAGUCAACUUCUACUUCUACCCAAUUGCAGUUGGCUUACAGGGAAUCCGUCUUCUUGCUGUUUGUUUCCAAAGUAACUUCUUCCUUGGCGACACUCAAAAUGCUGUUGAAGAUGAGGAAGGCAUCCCAAUCACCGUCGAGGAACAAAAGAAGAGAAAAGAGGAAAGGGAAACCGAAGGGAAGAAGAAAAAGAGUUGGAAGAAGAUCUUGUUCAACAUCGAGGAUUAG